CGCGCGACCCGCGCGACGCCCUCCCCCCGCGCGCUUCCGCACGCGUUUUGGGUCGACGUCGGGAAGGGGUCUCUGGCGGGUCCGUUUUGGCGUGAAACGCGUCGCGCGAGGGCGUAUCGCGCGUCGCACGGCUCGCGCACGCGCAUCGGGGGUAUCUCUCUCGGCCGAACGCAACGGCGGAGGGGCGAGAUUGAUUUGACGAAGCCGCGCGCGGGACCGCCGGCCGGAGUCGAGCGACGAGCGCCAUGCAGCACAGCGCGAGCGCGAAGGAUCUCAUCCAGGCCUCGCGGCCUGGGUUCCCGCAAGGGCUCAAGGUUCUCGUCGUCAUGAAGGACAACGGAUCGCACGCCGCCGCGAAGAAGAUGCUCUCGGAGAUCGGAUACCUCGUCACGACCGCGACGACGCUGGACAAGGGCCUCUCGAUCUUGGAGUCCUCCACCACGGAGCCGCCGAGCCACCACUUCGACGUCGCGCUCCUGGAGUCGAAGCAAGUGGAGCCUCUGAUGCGUCUCGCGACGGCUGACGCGGGCGCCGGCGACGCGGCGUCGCCGCCGCGACCGAGCGGCGCGUCCGCCGCCGCGGGCUCUCGCGCGUCGAGCGCGAACGCGCUCCUCGCGUCUCGCUUCACGAAGAUGGCCAAGUCGUGCGCGAUCGUCCUCAUGCACGAGGAGGAGCACGCGGUUCGGAAGAUGAUACGCGACGAAGCUGCCGCGGCCGCCGCGAGCGCGGGAGGGGGCGCGGGAGGAGCAGGUCCCGCGGGCGUGGCGACCGCGGGCAGCGCGAAGAGGGGGCUGGCGCUGCGCGGCGGUGGGAGCGACGACUCGUCGGCGUCGGAGGAGGCGGCGGUGAAGCGAUCCUCCCCGACGACGGUGCUCGGGGAGGAGGAGUCUGAACAUAACCGGGGGGACUCCCUCGUAGCGGGUGGGGCCGCAGGAGCGCGAGGCGGCGCGGGGGCGUCGGCGUCCGCGAGGAAGAAGGCGGGCGCGGCCGUCGGCGGCGGCGCGGGAGCUAACAACGCGAAGGACGCCGCGAAGGGCGCGGCGGCGGGCUCCGGCGCGGGCGGCGGCGCGGGCGGCGCGGCGACCAAGCCGAAGCCGCAGACGCGCAGCACGCAGCAGUGGCGCGCGGCGGAGCAACGCGGUCGACGCCUCGCGAUCAAGCCGCACACCGCGCCGCUCGCGCCUGGUGUGAACCAGUUGAACGGCCAGCACGGGGGACCGGGCGGGAUGGCGUAUUGGCACCAGCCCGGACGCGGCGCCGGACCCGGGUCGCCGAUGAUGGGGCAGAUGCGCGCGAUGACGGUGAACGGGCAGCAAGUCCAGGUGUGGGUGCCGGUCGGCGUGCAAGGCCAGCCGGGGCAGCAGCAGCAGCAGCAGCAGUUUACGCAGCAGGGCAACGUGGGCCAGGGCCCACAGGGCCAGGGCCACACGGCUGGCGGCGAGGCUGGCGGCCAGCGGCAACAGAUGGUGCUCAUCCAGCAAGCCAACGGGCAGCACGUGUACGUGGACGCGAACCAAUACAACCAGAUGGUGUUGCAGCAGCAACAGCAGCACUCGCAACAGUCGCAACAGCAACAGUGGGGGGGGUCGCAGCAGCAGCAGCAGCAGCAGCAGCAGCAGGCGCAGCAGCAGUAUUACGCCGCCGCGCAACAGCAACAGCAACAUCACGCGAUGACGCAACAGAGAGCGCCCACACACGGCGGGUCGUCGCCGACGGCGGUGGGCGCCGGCGGCGUCGCGUCCAUGGACGCGCACCAUGCCGUCGGGCUGCGGCGGGUGGAUUCGCUUCAGAGGCUCAUGGACGCGCCGUUCGACGCCGAUUUCGCCGACGUGGAGAUGCUCGAAGAGGACGCGCUCGACGUCAUGUUGGCGCAGGCGAAGGAUGGCAACUUGUUCGACGGCAUGGACGACGCGAUGUUCGAAGCCGGGGCGAUGGGCGACGGCAUCGUCAACGCGUGAGCGAGUCGUUUGAGCGAGUCGUUUGAGCGCGCGAGCGCGUCGUCGUCGUCGUCUCGACGACGACGACGAUUCGAGACGACGAUUGAUAAGUUGAGAUUACGAUGAUUGAUUGAUUGUAAUACGCGAGCCAACAAAAAGUAGCAGUGAACACG